CUGUCUGAUUCCUGCCAACCUUUAACAACAUUCUCUACUGUACGACUAUUCAUUAGCACCUUUAAUAUCUUGGUUAAUUGUUUGCUCCUUUUCCAAUGUGGAAUGAACAUCACCUGUCCCGCGACAAGCGAGAUUCCAGUGCACCACGAUCUGACAGCUUUCCAUUGCAAAAUGCGCGCGCCAGCCAGUUGAAUAGCCGGUACGGAAGACCUCCUCGCUCUGAGAAAGAUGAAAAGGGAACGAACAUACAAGUUGUUGUUCGCUGCAGGGGAAGAACUCAGAGAGAAAUCGCAGAAAACAUACCCGUCAUCGUCGACGCCGCCUCCAAUACGCAGGAAAUAACACUAAAGACAACCAAUAAAACAUACACCUUUGAUCGAGUUUUCGGCCAAGAAACGACACAGCAGCAUAUUUACGAUGAUGUGGUCAGCCCGAUUUUACAGGAGAUGCUUAUGGGAUACAACUGUACCAUUUUUGCCUAUGGUCAGACAGGUACAGGAAAAACGUAUACAAUGGAAGGAGAUCUUGAAGACCAGGAAGGAUACAUCACCCGGGAUGCGGGAAUUAUACCACGAACAUUAUAUCAUCUUUUUGACGUUUUGGACCAAGAAGAAGCUGAAUACGCGGUCAGAAUAUCCUCCAUAGAACUUUACAAUGAAGAGCUCAAAGACUUGUUAAACCCAGGAGAUGACCGUCCCAAACUACGAAUUUUUGAAGAUCCAAACGGCACGGGCGUGAUUGUUCAAGGCCUAGAAGAAGCUCUCAUCAACAGCGCUGAAGAUGGUGUACGCGCAAUCCAAUUAGCGAGUCGAAACAGACGGAUUGCUGCUACAAAGUGUAACGACAAGUCCAGCCGAUCACAUUGUGUUUUUACGUUAACCGUACAUAUCAAGGAAACACUAGCAGAUGGAGAAGAGCUACUUAAAGUUGGAAAGUUAAAUCUCGUCGAUUUGGCAGGGUCUGAAAAUAUUGGUCGUUCAGGAGCUGAGAAUGCUAGAGCACGCGAGGCUGGAUUAAUCAACCAAAGUCUACUUACCCUUGGCCGUGUCAUUAAUCACCUUGUCGAACACUCCGUCCAUGUACCUUACAGAGAAAGCAAACUCACCAGGUUGUUACGGGAUUCUCUUGGUGGCCGAACCAAAACAUGCAUUAUAGCUACCAUUGCCACUGCCAAAAUACAUUAUGAGGAAAUCAUCAGCACUCUGGACUACGCUAGCCGUGCCAAGAACAUUCGCAACAAGCCAGAAGUCAAUCAGCGCAUGACCAAAAAAGAGCUUAUAAAGGAGUAUAUACAUGAGAUCGAAAGGCUCAAGUCAGAUUUACAGGCAACGCGCGAAAAGAAUGGUGUUUUCAUGUCCGCCGAUUCCUACCGACUUUUGUUGGACGAAAACCAAAGCAAAAAAGAUCAAGUCGAGGAAAUCACGAAAGAGAUACAAGUCUUUAAAGAUAAUGUUCAAAAUUUGACCAAGGAGGUGGAGCAAAAGGCAAAGCUUUUGAUGGGAAAACAGAGAGAGCUUCGUGAAGUCAAUGAUAAAUUACAGGAGACCAAAAAAUGGUUGCAGAGAAUUCAAGAAGAGCAUGAACAGACGAAACAAUCACUUGAGGAGCAAGUUGCUCUCAGGAAGUAUCAUCAACAGUAUGGCGACAAGCUCGAACAUUUCGCUUCCGAAACAAUCAACACACUGCAAAAUACUGUCAAAGACAACGCUGGACUUUUUAACAAACUUGACCGUCAGCGCUCAGUGCAAGAAAAAAAUCGUGGGGCCCUGCAUGCGUUCAAAAAAGACGUGGAUGUCAAGGCUCACAAAAUCGUCGAGGAAAUGCUUCAAUUCAAGUCAUCUAUUGGUGGUAUGCAAAGUGAUCUGGAAGCCAAGGCUCAAGCCUACGCAGAUGCGUUACAAAAGGUGAGCAUGUUAUACUGAUAGUACUAAAAUUUUCAGUUACUGACACCAUAUCUAGAAUUUGUCUGCCAUCCAUCAUGGUGUUGAGACUAGAUUGAAGGCGCUGGAGCAAGAAAGUGACGCUUUGAACUCGUUGGUUAAAGACGGUGGAGCAGCACAGAAUUGCCUCUACAAC